AUGCUGCCAGCGCGGACCAAGGAGCUCGCGGCCGUCCUCGAGAAGGCCAUGCGCGCGUCCUCGGGCUUGAAGACGCUCCGGGCGUCGACCUCUGCGUCGCCCUUCCAGGCGCUCGUCCAUGACUACUACCUCCCCAUCUUCGCCUGGGCCGAGUCCCAAUACGACCGCCUCAACCCGCCGGCCGCGACGACCAAGACCUGCCUCGUCCUUGGCCUUAGCUGCGUGCAAGGCGGGGGCAAGACGACCAUGACGUCGUACUUGGAGCUGCUCUUCAAGGCCACAGGAAAGAACUGCGCGGUGCUCUCGAUCGACGAUGCCUACUACACGCGGGACGGGCAGCGCCGCGUCGCCGAAGCGCACCCUGGCAACCCCCUUCUCGAGUUCCGCGGCAACCCUGGGACGCACGACGUGAACCUUUUGCUCGACAUCAUCGCGCAAGCCAAACAAGGCGCCGACGUCGUCGUGCCCCGCUACGACAAGUCUGCCUUUGAAGGCCGCGGUGACCGUGCGCCGCAAGACGCGUGGCAGCACCAUGCGGGACCCCUCGACGUGCUCGUCAUCGAAGGCUGGUGCUUGGGGUUUGAAGCAUCCAGCCUCGCCUUGAGCCACCCGCACUUGACUCCGAUCAACGAAGCGCUCAAAGAGUUUGACCGCAUCUACGCCGAGCUCACCGCGAUGCUAGUCAUCCAGGUGCCCGACGCGCACUGCGUCUACACGUGGCGCGAGGAAGCCGAGGCCGACAUGCGCGCCCAAGGCAAGCCCGCCAUGACGUCCGCCCAAGUCGCCGACUUUGUCGACCGCUUCAUGCCCGCGUACGAUGCGUACUUGCAGCGGUUUUACGCGGCGAUGAACACGAGCCGGGAUGGCCGCGGGUUGGCGCAGAAGCCGCGCCUCGUCGCGCGCAUCGACCGCCAGCGGACGUGCGUUGCAGUCCAGACGUAUGCCGGAGGCGUCACGACGCCAACGGGCGCAUCGUAAACGGGC